UCACAAAGGCUAUAUCCAUGGUUUACUGUUACCUCCAGCCAUGGGCCUUUUGGGAAUAUUUUGUUUUUUAAUCUUCCUCUGGAAAAGUUGGGGCCAGGAACAAACAUAUGUCAUUUCAGCACCAAAAAUAUUCCGUGUUGGAGCAUCUGAAAACAUUGUAAUUCAGGUUUAUGGAUACACAGAAGCAUUCGAUGCAACCAUCUCCAUUAAAAGUUAUCCUGAUAAAAAAUUUACUUACUCUUCAGGCUAUGUUAGUUUAUCCUCAGAAAAUAAAUUCCAAAAUUCUGCAAUCUUAACAAUACAACCGAAACACUUAACUACAGGACAAAACCCAGUUUCAUAUGUGUAUUUGGAUGUUGUAUCGAAACAUUUUUCAAAAUCAAAAAAAAUGCCAAUAACCUAUGACAAUGGAUUUCUCUUCGUUCAUACAGACAAACCUGUUUACACUCCACAUCAGUCAGUAAAGGUCAGAGUUUAUUCAUUGAAUGAUGACUUAAAGCCAGCCAAAAGAGAAACUGUCAUAACUUUCAUAGAUCCUGAAGGAUCAGAAGUUGACAUUGUAGAAGAAAAUGAUUAUACUGGAGUUAUAUCUUUUCCUGAUUUCAAGAUUCCAUCUAAUCCUAAAUACGGUGUGUGGACAAUUCGAGCUAAAUAUAAAGAGGACUUUUCAACAACUGGAACCACAUAUUUUGAAAUUAAAGAAUAUGUCUUGCCACAUUUCACUGUCUCAAUAGAACCAGAAAGCAAUUUCAUUAGUUAUAAGAACUUUAAGAAUUUUGAAAUUACUAUAAAAGCAAGAUAUUCUUAUAAUGAAGUAGUCACUGAGGCUGGCAUUUAUGUCACUUUUGGAAUAAGAGAAGACUUACAAGAUUAUCAGAAAGAAAUGAUGGGAAAAGCAAUGCAAAACACAACGUUGAUAAAUGGAGUUGCUCAAGUCACAUUUGAUUCUGAAAUGGCAAUUAAAGAACUAUCCUAUGACAGUCUAGAAGAUGUAAACAACAAGUACCUUUACAUUGCUGUGACAGUCACAGAAUCUACAGGUGGAUUUUCUGAAGAGGCAGAAGUACCUGGCAUCAAGUAUGUGCUGUCUCCCUACAAACUGAAUUUGAUUGCUACUCCUCUUUUCCUGAAGCCUGGGAUUCCAUAUUCCAUCAAGGUGCAGGUUAAGGAUCAACUUGACCAGUUGGUAGGAGGGGUCCCAGUAACUCUGAAUUCACAGACAGUCAGCGGAAACCAAGAAACAUCAGACUUGGAACCAAAGCAAAGUAUGACAAGUCUCAGUGAUGGAGUAGCUUCGUUUGUGGUUAAUCUCCCGUCUGAAGUGGCGAUGCUGGAGUUUAAUGUCAAAACUGAUGCCCCAGAUCUUCCAGAAGAAAAUCAGGCCAGCAAAGUUUACCAAGCAGUAGCAUACUCAUCUCUCAGCCAAAGUUACCUUUAUAUUGAUUGGACCGAAAACCAUAAAACUUUGCUUGUGGGAGAACAUCUGAAUAUUAUGGUUACAGCCAAAAGUCCAUAUAUUGACAAAAUAAAUCACUAUAAUUACUUGAUCUUAUCCAAGGGCAAAAUCAUACACUUUGGCACAAGGGAGAAGCUUCCAGAUUCAUCUUAUCAAAGUAUCAACAUUCCAGUGACACAGAUCAUGGUUCCUUCAGCCCGUCUCCUGGUCUAUUACAUUGUCACAGGAGAGCAGACAGCAGAAUUAGUGUCCGACUCAGUCUGGUUAAACAUUGAAGAGAAGUGUGGCAACCAGCUCCAGGUUCACCUGUCUCCAAAUGCAGAUGCAUAUUCUCCAGGCCAGACUGUGUCUCUAACUAUGGCGAGUGAGAUGGAUUCAUGGGUGGCAUUAGCUGCAGUAGACAGUGCUGUGUAUGGAGUCCAAAGAAAAACCACAAAGUCCAUGGAAAGAGUAUUUCAAGUUUUAGAGAAGAAUGAUCUGGGAUGUGGGGCAGGUGGUGGCCGCAACAAUGCAGAUGUGUUCCAUCUAGUUGGACUCACCUUCCUCACAAACGCAAAUGCAGAUGACUCCCAAGGAAAUGAUGAACCUUGUAAAAAAAUUCAUAGGCCAAGAAGAAUGCUGAAGCAGAAAAUAGAGGAAGCAGCUGCUAAAUAUAAACAUAAAAUACUAAAGAAAUGUUGUUAUGAUGGAGCCCAGCAUGUUGAUGAAACUUGUGAACAGCGAGUUGCGCGGGUUACCAUCGGCCCAAGAUGCCGCACAGCUUUCAGUGAAUGUUGCACCAUUGCAAACCAGGUCCGCACUUAUAAGUUGAUAGGAUUUCACCAUAUUUCUCACCAGUAUAAGAAGACCCUGUUACCAGUAAGUAAGCCAGAAAUUCGAAGCUAUUUUCCAGAAAGCUGGUUAUGGGAAGUUCAUCAUGUUCCCAAAAGAAGCCAGCUGCAAUUUAUGCUACCUGAUGUUCUAACUACCUGGGAAAUACAAAGUGUUGGCAUUUCGGAUAAAGGUCUGUGUGUUGCUGAUGUGCUGCAGUUGCAGGUAUCUAAAGACCGCUUCCUGGGCAUAAAUGACAAUGCCACAAGAGUUGAUUAGAAGGGAUGCUUUCUAACAUCAAAAGUCCAGAGAAGUGUCACAGGAUGAAUCUGCCCAAAGUCUAGACCUGCUAAAGAAGAAAACAAUUACCUCUGGUCCCUUCCCUGAUUUUUCAUUAACUGAAUUCAUAUUACAGGAGGAAAAACUGGAGUCUAUCGACACACCUGGACAGACUUUUGUCAAAACCAUUAUCUGCCUCUGCAGGUCCAACAGACUUUGUCCCAGGCCAUUGUAUGUUUUUCAAGCCCAUUGAAUUCCCCUACAAAUAAUUUACUACCCCCUCUAAAAUCAUCCACACUUCCCCAUCUCCCUUUCUCCUAAGAAAGAGGAUAUGUAGCUAUUUGUAGCCUAUUGUAGGAUGGAGUGUCCUUAUGUGAUUCUCUUCAGUGCACAUAAAUAAAUUUGUAUGUCUUUUUUUCAUCUGUCUUUUGUCAGUUGGUUUUUAGCGAACCUUCAGAGGGCACAGGGAAAGGUUAAUAAUACUGCUUAAGGGGACAAGAAGUGACAAGAAGCAAAAAGAAUGAAAAGCUACAAAAUAAUUUCCAAACACAGACAUAGUCCCCUAAUGUCAUUGUCAAUAUAUAAACUUCCUUUUCACUACAACUGAGGAUCAUUUUGUAAUAGCAAGGUCUGCUUCACCAAACCUGACCUUGCACCUAGACCACUACCAACUGACCUCUGGUACUUUUCCUUCCAUUUACUGUCUGCAUGGUGGGGCCGGCUUAUCCCUUGCCAACACUGAUGGCCAGAGAAAGCGUCUUUUGUCAGAAAGUUGACUUUUUAUAAGAUCAAGAUCUUAAAAAAAUUCUAUAUAUUUCUUUAUGAAUUCUACAUUUUAUCUAAAGAGAAUACUCAGUAUUGCCCUCCUCAAAUAAAACCGUAAUGGUUUUGCUAGUGUUCAACUUUAUGUUUCUAAGCUUUUGAUCCUCAGUAUGCCUGAAUUUCAAAUGCAAAAUAGGAAAAUACUAUGUCAGACACUGCUAACUAAACCAGCAUUCCUUCUUUCUUUCCUUUUUAUUAUCAAAACCUGAGUUUUUGCUGGCCACAUUGCCACCCUUGUACUUGGGUGCAGCUGAGUUCCGAGUCUCCCAAAGAAAUGGGACUUCCAGGAAGGAUAGACGUGACCCAAUGGGGAGGUAUCUC